AAAAUAAGAUUAAUUAUGGUAUGUAUAACCUCAUAAUCAUAUUCUUUAAUCUUAUUAAAUCUCACUUUAUUUGUAGAUGCAUAUGUGGUUUUGGUUUGGAAACAAUUUAGGCAAUUUUCUUUUACCAGGAUAUAAAAUUGUCACAACUUCCAGUUUUUUUUGCACCUGUUUAGGUUUAUUUGCACUUGCAAUAUUGUAUGAGAGUAUGAAAUGCACAAUGGUCUACAUGGAGUUUUCAAAUAUUUCAUUGGUUUGUACAUACAUCCCUUGGUUAUCUUUUAAUGUUAGCUGUUAUGACAUAUAAUAUAUAUGUAAAUAUUGCUAUUAUACUGGGAGGAGGUCUUGGGUAUUGGAUAUUUGGUUCAAAACUCAUAGAAUUAAAUAUGAAGCAAUUUUUUAAAAAACAAACAUUAAUAGACUGUGAUAAAGAAUGUGCUGAUAACACAGCACUUUAUCAAGGAGAUGGAUUAACAGUUUCUGUCACAGAACAGUUAGUACCGGAAACUAAUGUUGAGAUUCAUAUAUCAAGAGAUAUUUGUUAA